GUCUCGCCGCGGUCAUUAUUUUACUUGAUAGAUAUAUAGAAAAUGCUGGCCACCAAGCCCGUCCUUCGCCGUGAGGUGGUCAGCACUGCAAGCGCGGUGCCUAGCGCGGUGGUGGUGCGGCCCGUCUCUUGCACCCGCUGCCCGAGCGAUAGGUCGCACCAGUCGUUCGCGGUCGCAACCGCUGUACCCAAGGCCGUGUUGGCGAAGCGUCAAGUAGCCGUGCAAGCACAGGCUGGCACAAAAGCUGGUUCUGCGGUUACCGACGCUGAACCUUCAUACAUCGAGAUUGACCUGCCAAAGCCUCUUGGCUUCAAGUUCGCGCGUGGAAACGAUGGCGGCGCCUACAUCGUCGAAGUAAACCCCAAGCUGGGCAACGUCGACCCCCGUGUCCAGCCGGGUGACAAAAUCGUGCUCAUCAGCGCCUCCUUCGGUACGGAGGUGUGGAAGGCGGAGAACUAUGGCCAGAUCAUGUACGCCAUCCGCACCCGCAGCGGCACCGUGUACAUGAAGCUCAAGCAGAACUUCGGGGACCUCAGCGCGCUGGAGGAGGAUGGCAUGGACGAGGUUGAGAAGAUGUGGCGCAAGGAGCGAGCCGGCGGCAACUACGGCGCCGGAACCAAGGAGAUCCAGGCGCGCAACUACAUGCAGCGCAAGGAGGACGAGCGCAAGCGGCGGGAGAUGUUUGACGAUGCGCUCGCAAAGUUCAAGGAGAACGACAUCCAGGGCGCGCUGAUUGAGUUUGAGAACAUCAUCUCGCUGGAGCCCAAGAACUACGUGGGCGACAACUUCUCGCGCCACACGCCCAUCUACAAGGUGACGCAGUACAACAUCGCCUGCUGCUACAGCAUGCUGGACCAGGUUGAGGAGGCGCUGAAGUCGCUAGACCUGGCCAUGGCCUCCGGAUUCGACAACUUUGACCAGAUCCGCCGUGACAAGAACCUAGCCAAGCUGCGCGCCAGCCCCAAAUUCCAAACACUCAUUGAGAAGUACGACGAGCCGGUGGUCAACUGGGGCGCUGUGAAGGCCACCUUUGGCGCGUUUGGGGGCCUGUUUGGCGGCAAGAAGGAGUAAGGGGGCGGUAGGCAGGCGGUGGGUUGGUGGUAGAGAGGUGGAGGGUGAGUUGAUGCAUGCAUGAGUGUUGUGUAUGGAGGGAGAUGUGGGUUCACUUGCCGUGUCUCGUGCGUUUUUGGAAGAGAUGAGAGACGAAUGCCGGCGGCGUUUUGUGUUGAGACGUCGGGGGCUGUGGCUGAGAUGGCGUUGACUGUGCUUGCUGCUUGGCUUUUUGCGAGAACGAGGUGACAGGAAGCUGAGGGGAGAGUGGCAGCGGAUCUGACUGGAGGGACCGUGAUGAGGGGUUGCUUUGCUAGGCAGAUCAAACACGGAGUACCCUCCACAAUACGAGCGGAUCGAUGGGACUUCGUAAAAGGCGGCGUAGAAUGGUGUGGAAUGGUGGCGAACGGGUUAGGCUGGGCUCGUGUGCUGGAGGAGGGGCGCCGGGGGUGGCCUAGGUGUUUACUCCCAGCAACCUAAACCCCACGCGUAAGAUGCUUUGUUGCGACGAUGAGAGACCCAGUGACGAGAGGUUUGCAAGAUGGGUGAAAGUGCCGUAAAGGAGAAGAUGAGUGUGAGCGCAAUUCCCGAGGGUUUCAAGUACCGGUAGUAUUGUAUGAAGCGAAACAUACACCUGUGAUACUGUUUGAGGGUGCACAACCGUUGCAUGCCAGCUUGGGGCAUGCGUGUGACAGGCCAGCAGUGG